CGCCCUCCGAAGCACCAUACUGUUGUGAUCGAGCCCUCUCCUUGCUUCAGCAAUGGUAGCUCUGAGAAGUUCGCCUCUGGAAAUCGUUGAAAUUCCCGAAUCCGAACGGAUGGAGCAAUGUGAAACCGUGGAAGAAGACGAUGCGUGUGGCAGCGAGAUUUCUGAUUAUGAGCUGUGCAGAGAGGAACGAAUUAGAGAGAAUCGGGAGAGGAUGCAGAAGCUCGGCAUUUUUUCUCUCUCUCAGAAGCUCAAUUCCCCCAAAUCCACUCCCGUCAGAGCCUACCGUAAGGCUCCGCCCCUUCACUCUCCGCCAUCUGCCGGCCCUACCCGCCGCUCCUCCAGGCUGCAAAGCUCUACGCCAGUUAGUUACUGCGAAUUACGCGUAGAGAAAAAAGAAAAACCGUAUGAUAUUUUGAGAGGGGAGGGUUCGACGCCUGAAGUUUACACUGAGGAACAUGACAAAAUGCUGGGAAGCGCUGAAAUGAGCUGGACUCUUUCUGUUGAUGGAUAUGGAAAAGAUGGCAAGCGAAUUUAUGAUCCCUUAAAGGGGAAAAGUUGCCAUCAAUGCAGGCAAAAAACUCUUGGUCAGCGUACACAUUGCAGCAACUGCAACAUGAUCCAGGGGCAGUUCUGUGGAGAUUGCUUGUACAUGAGGUAUGGCGAGAAUGUGCUUGAAGCAAAUGCAAAUCCUGACUGGAUUUGCCCUGUUUGUCGUGGAAUUUGCAACUGCAGUUUGUGCAGGCAUGCGAAAGGGUGGCCUCCUACGGGGAUACUUUACAAGAAGGUUUUAAAUCUUGGCUACAAGUCAGUGGCACAUUAUCUCAUCCAAACACGGCGGGCACAAACCGAUAAAGAGAACAAUGUCGUUAGCAAGUUCCCAGUUUCUGCUAAGAGAUCGCUGCCUUUUUCGGGCGUUGAAGUAACUGGUGAAGACAGUGAUCCUUCUAAACCUAGCCAUGAAUGUUCAAACCCUAAUCCCGUAUCCAUAUCUGAUAAAGAAUCUAGUGAUUGUAAAUUGGCUCCUGAAAGCGGAGACAAGCCUUUGCCAUAUCCUACUGAUGAUGCUUUAACGAAGGAUCAAGUUGAACAUCCAUUAAAGCCCGAAGUUGGAAAAGAUUCUCCUGAAUUUGAUGGUGAUAAAGAAAGUAUACAUGUGGCUUGUACAGUAUGUGUAAAUGUUAUAGAUGUGAAAACUGAGCCACUGAAUGAUGAGGUAAUAGUUGAAGCUUUUGAAAGAGGAGGUGAUGAUGCCUAUGAGAUUGAGAAAGAGGAGUCUGUUCCAGAUAUCAAGUGUGGCAUUGAAUCUGCGACGAGUCCAAAAUCUACGAAGAAACGAGCGUGCUAUGAACCAGCACCCGAUAGUAUUGGCAGGAGGUUGAGAAUGAGGCGCACAGGACCAAAAUUGGCAAGUGCAAGCCACACUGAAGAUGCAGCCACAACAGCAGAUGUGGGAGGUAUUGCUAGUAGAUUGAGAAAACGUUGCAGAGUGUAGGUACUGAUGCCUCUGGGUUAGCUUUGAUUAACAACCCCUUUAUGGUGCAGUGAUCUUGUUUUUGAGGCGUCUUUUGUAAGGUAGUUUAACGACAAGCUCAUCAUUUUUUGCAAACUACUAUUUUGAAGAGCAUGAUUUCAUUCAGGAUUAACUGUGUUCAUCCAAUCCUUAAAAAUGACUUCCACUUGCGUAAGUACAUACCUUCAUCUUUGUUUUGAAAGACAUGCCUAUGAUGAUUGCACCUAAAUUUUUCC